AUGGCCAAGAAUCGACGCACGCGCACAGGCUGCCUGGGGUGCCGACGCAAGAAGCGCAAAUGCGACGAAGUCCACCCCCGAUGCGGAACAUGCACGCGGCGCGACGAGCCCUGCCACUGGGGCCUCAAGGUCACCUUUCGGGAGGAGAAUGCCCUGGGGCUCGACGAGAUGCACCCCAGCAUGCGCAAGAGCCGUCUGCGUCGCGCACGUGGCGGCUACGAGAUCCUGGACGUGACCGGCGAGGUCAUCCGUGAUCAUGAGCGCGACGUCGAGCUGAUGAGAGAUGAUCUUGUGAGGGACGACGACGACGACGACGACGACGAAAGGUCCCCCCUCACACCGCAGCAUACCGACGUCGCCGUUGCCAAUCUCAUCCAUCUCAGCCGCGGUGGACGCCCUGAACCCGUGGACGGUCUACUACCGCCCUUGGGCGAUGAUGACCUACUCCAGUUCCCUCCGCCCUAUCUACAGGUCUUCACACCAGAGGGCUCUCUCGAGGAUGGCGUCUUUAUGCCCGGAUCAGCGUAUGCUGAGCUACACACCACGCUCCGCCACCACUUGAUCCAGGAAGUCCGGUCCAACGUACCGACACGUGCGGCGACACCUGAAGACCAGCCUCUGCCCGACUCAUCAGAAGACUCAGCGCGCGCCUCGACUGCCCCCAUCGACGCCCCUCUCCUCACCAGUGAAGAAGAGAUAGUGCUGUGGCGCAACUGGAUCAACGAGGUGGCGCCGUGGCUCGACAAGUUUGACAACCUUCGUCACUUUCAGAACAUCAUCCCCUGCAUGGCCUCGUCGCAUCCCCAUCUGCGCUACGCCAUCCUGGCCCUGUCCGCGCGCCAGAUCGAGCUCAAGGAGACCACACGGGCCACUGGUCAGAGCCUCUCGCUCUACCAGCAGGCCAUUCACCUCCUCCUACCCGAGCUGCCCACACGAAGCACGGCCGUGAUUGCGUCCUGCGUCAUCCUCUGCGUCUUGGAGAUGGGGUCCUGCUCCCCCAAGGCGUGGCGACGCCACCUCGACGGAUGCGCGAGUCUCAUGCUCGCCGUGGGCAUACACGGCUUCGUAGGCGGCGUCGAGCAGGCCCUCUUCUGGUGCUUCGCGCGCAUGGACGUCUGCGGCGGCCUCAUCUCCUCCGUCAAGACCCUCAUCCCCAUCACGCACUGGGUGCUGCUGCCAGGGGGUCCCGAUCUCGAGGCCACUGUCCAGCUGUUCAAGGCCAAGCAGGAAUUUGACGAGUGGGCCAACUACUCGGCCUUCCUCCUAGGCCAGGUGCUCGACCUCGUGGCGCCCACGCCGUCCGCGCCCCUCGACACGCCGUCUCGCACCGAUCCCUCGUUCCGGGCCCGAUGGCUACAGCUAUGGAGCUACCUAAUCGAGUGGCACACCCUCCGCCCGGCGCCGCUACAUCCCAUCCUCACCAUCCCCUCGGCGCAUCCGUUCCCCAAGAUCCUCUACUCCAAUGGGGCCGCCAUCUCGGGCAACCAGCUGCACCAUACCGCGUCCAUCCUCAUGCUGCAGGCCCAGCCGCCCGGUCUGCGUCUCACCCCGAAACCCCGGAGCAUCCUCUGGCACGCCCGUCAGGUCUGCGCCAUCAGCAUGAGCAACGACCACCACGGCGCGUGGACCAACUGCGUGCAGCCGCUGUGGAUUGCGGGGCGGUGCAUGAGCAGCCGGGAGGAGCACCGGGCCAUUGUCGAGUGUCUGGAGCGCAUCGAGCGCGAGAGCGGCUGGAAGACGCAGUGGCGCGUCGAUGACCUCAAGGAGUUCUGGGGGGACCUGGAGUGA